GAGGGAUCUCAGCCCAGACGCAACCACCGCUAACUGGUUUGUCUGGCCAGGGAGGACCAGAGGGCCUGGAGGGGCAGAAUGAAAGGGGAACCAGAGGAAGACACUCCCUUUGCCCUGUACCAGCACCAGACAUGCCAGGGUCAGACAGAUGUGGGGGGCCCUGGGACUACCCCAUCCCUUACCCCUAGCCUAGACCAACAGCAGGGCCAGGACGACCAGGUUUACCUGCCUUUUAAGGAAUUCCUUCCUGGGGCAGAUGCUUCAGACCCUCAUUGUGCUAACUGGAUGUACUCUACAAAGCCAGUUUCUGCUUUGCCCACCCUGCUGGCCUGCCCACAGCACCUGAACCUUUACACCUGCGACCUGAGGUCUAACCCCCUGGGUAGUGCCCUGGGAGGUCCGACUCUGAUGCCUCCUCUCCUCCUAGAGCACAAGACUUCAGGGCCAAUUCUGGCCUCCACUGAUGGCCCUAAACUUGCAGCCAAGUGCCUUCUGGGAAAGAUGAAGACAGAGGGUGAACCUGGUGCCCUGGACCCAGCCAUGGAGAUUGUCCAAAGGAGCCCCAGCCCUCCUGUUUCACAUCCCAGCCCAGCUCCCAUCCCUGUCAACAUGAAGCUCCCAUUGAGGCCCCGCCCCCUAUGCCCUUCCUGCCCCCUUCUCUUGUCCAUUAAGCCAUUAUCUUCACUGGAGACAUGCCCCUUCACCUAUGGUCCCCACUACCCCCUCCUCUUUCUUCCAUCCCUGGCCACCCCCUAUCCUGGGGGGGCUGACCAGCUGAUGCUCCCUGAAGGGCCAUACUCCCUUGGUGCCCACUCCCCUCUGCAGCUAGGGCCUUGGCCAACUUGCUCUUCACCCUUACCUGCUGGGUUGUGGCCCACAGCUGAGGCCAGGGGUGAGAGCUCUUCACCUUCCCAGGGCUGCUCAACAGGGUUGGACUCAGAGGCUGCUGCAGGAGAAGCUGGCAGGAUCCUCACCUGGGGCACCACACUCCUGCCCUAUCCACUGAAGAAAGAGAAUGGCACCAUCUUGUACAAGUGCAAUAUUUGUGCCAAGAGUUUCAGGCAGCUCUCCAAUCUCAAGGUCCACUUCCGGGUCCAUAGCGGAGAACGUCCCUUUCAAUGUCCUAUUUGUAAGAAGAGCUUCACCCAGCUCGCCCACCUGCAGAAACACCAGCUGGUCCACUCAAGGGAGAGGCCUUAUCAGUGCUCGGUUUGCCACAAAUGUUUCAGCAGCACCAGCAGCCUCAAGACUCACCUGCAACUCCACUCAAGGGCCCAGCCUUUCCUUUACAGGCUGUGCCCGAGGCAUGGCGACCAGCCCAUCGGGCACUAGCUACAUGUGCAUCCUGGCCAUAUUGUCCCACUUCUUUGCUGCCUGCUGGCUCCAUAUCUGGGAGGUGAUGCCAAACUGGAGAAGCUGGCACUGCUGUAGCCAGUGAGCAGUAUGUAAGCCUACAGGUGCUAGGGGGAAGCCUCUCUGCCUGUCAGUCUGAUUUUCAGGAUCCCAACAGCCUAGGAGCAGGAGCCAGGGAAGAGGCAGACUGCUGAAGUAGAAGAUACUUUGGGGUAGCAAGCUGAGCCUUUCUGAGUUGGCCAGGAGGGCACAGCAUCCCUGGCAACAAUCCCUCCUAGGCACCAUGCUUUGAGGCUUUCUGACUGUGAGCCUCUAGUGGGGAGGGAGUGGGGGAGGAAUGUGUUACAAAAAUGAUUGAAAGUUAUUUAGGGCUAUCUGGGUUAGAUUUGACAGCCUCAAAUAUCCCUCCCUGCUCUGAUAUUCUGUGUUCUAAGAUCCCUCCCAGAUCUGA